UGAGGAAUGGGGGCCUCCUUAGGAAAAAAAAGUAAAGAAAAAUAGGAGAAAAGGGGGAGGCAUUUUGGUACACUAGUUUGAUCCAAAAUCCAAAUAGAAAGAGGUCCUACCUAUCUUAAGUGAAAGGCUAGCAGAAGCUUAGAGCUCCAAUCACCAAUCUUUCCCUUUCUCUCCCCCACUCCAAAACACAAAUGUAAAGUUAAUACAACAAUGUUCAGUUUCUAUUCUGCAAAGUUUCUUCCUCAUGUAUUGCCUCCCCAACCUCAACAUAGGAAUCUUACUACUACUACUAGUACCAUUUCCUCUUCUUCGUUAUCUCCUCACCAACAUAACACUACUAGCCCAAGUCCAACCCCAACCCCAACCCCAUACCGCGAUGCUCAAACCACUCGCCGCUCCAUCCUCCUCCUCUCUACCGCCAUCUCUCUUCCUACACCACCCUCCUCCGCUGCCAAUGCUCCUCCACUAGACACCACCAUCACGGACCGGGUCUUCUUAGACUUUAGUGUUUGUCCAAACUACUUUCGAACCCCAACCCAAGGCCAGGCCCAAGACGAACCUCUAUGCGCCGAUUCUGAGCUCAUGGGCCGUGUUGUAUUGGGCCUCUAUGGGAAGAUUGUUCCCAUCACGGUCUCCAAUUUCAAGGCCAUGUGCAUUGGGCCUAUGGGGUACAAGAAUACAUUGGUUCAUAAGAUCCUCCCGGGCCAAUUCUUAGUGGCAGGCCGGCAAGGGAGGAAAGAUAAAGGAGAGGUGGUGCCACCUUCUUCUGGUCUAGUCCGGAACACGGAGACAGUGGACUCUCGGGCUUUUAUGUUGGAGCAUUCGAGGCCAGGUGUUCUUUCCUUGUGCUUGUCUGAGAAUGAUGAUGAAGAUGAUAUUAAACUAGACCCAAAUUAUCACAAUGUGGAAUUCUUGAUUACGACUGGACCUGGCCCAUGUCCGGAGCUUGAUGGUAGGAACAUCGUCUUUGGGAGUGUCCUUGAAGGGAUGGAUAUAGUGAGAGCAAUAUCAUCUGCACCAACAUACAAACCAGCUGAAAGGAUAAGGCAAUUGAAUGACUUGGCAGGAUUUCUUGGAGACGAAAGAGCCCAAAUUGCUCGAACUUUUUGGAAUCGUCCUCUUAAGUCUAUAUAUAUCAGCGAUUGUGGUGAACUCAAAGUUACUAAACCUUCACUCACUCCUUCCCUCCCAUGAUCUCACUUCCCUUUACUUUUCAAUACUAUUAAUUUUCACUAUAUUGGACUGUAAUGUGUUGGUGAGAGGAAGGCAUAGUUUAUACAAAGAUGUGAAUACAUUGAACUACCUGUAUAUGGUUUGUUUGCCAUUCAUUACAGUGUAAAUGAACUUUCAAAUAAAUAAGUGCUAUUUAAAACUUC